AUUGUCCCCUUCGGGGUGACAUACGAAAAAAUUGGAACGAUACAGAGAAGAUUAGCAUGGCCCCUGCACAAGGAUGACACGCUUUCCCGGAGUGGUAGACCUACGGGUCUCAAUAUUUAUUUUUUCUGCUUCAGCUCCGUAUACCAGUUGGGU